CUCGUCGCGGCCGCGUGCGGCGCGGCGUGCGCGGGCGCGAUCCGCAUCCCCCAGGAGGUCAUGAAGCAGGGCUGCAUGGUCGAGCUCUACCCCAACGCGCUCGUCGCGUUCUCGACGAUCCUCGCCGAGAAAGGGCUCGCGGGCUUCUACAAGGGCGCCGUCGCGACGAUCACGCGCGACGUCAUGUGGAACUCGCUGUCCUUCUCCAUCUUCCGGCUCCUGCUGGACUACGCGAACACGUCGAACCCCAAGGCCCAGUACUCGCUGGGCAUCGCCGCGGGCUGGCUCGCGGCGCUCGCGACGCACCCGUUCGACGUCGCGAAGACGCGCGUGAUGACGUCGUCGGGCGACCUGACGGUGGGCCUCUUCGCCCAGCUCGCGGGCCUCGUCGAGGCCGAGGGCUGGCAGGUGCUCCUCUCGGGCCUCGUGCCGCGCCUCCUCUACCUCGGCCCCCUCGCGUCCCUCGUCCUCGCGACGAACGAGGUCAUCGCCGGCGCGCUCGUCAAGGCCCGC